AUUUCGCGAAAGGUGGCGCGAACGGCGCGCGCGUGCAAAUCCCUCGGACGCUGGUCGUUUUGGUCCCAGCUCGUGCUGACCACUGUCGCGGCGGUGAUCGUGGUGUUUUCGUUUCUGUACAAGGGUUUGACCAAGAGCACGGAUGCUGGGUUGUAUUUUAUCCUGUUCGGCUUGGUCGCGGGGUACUUUACGACAGUUUGGUCGCUGGGCGUCGUGCGAUUGGGCGAUAAGCUUCGCAAGGGGUCGAAGGAUCUGGAUUUAGUGCCUCCGCGCACGGAUGUCAUUCGAACUCUCAGCACAGGGCUCACGGUGAACGUCAUCGGACUCGGGGCGACCAUCGUCGGGUUGCAAGCCACGACGGGGAUGUUGUUCGCCAAGACGCUCACGGCGGCGGCGCAAAUGCCCAUGUACGGUGCUCCAGUCGUCGGCACGGGCGUGGCGUUGGACAUUUUCUUGGUGCAAGCUGCGUCGAACGCCAUGCUCGGGCACUGGUUCGGCUUGGCGACAAGCUUGUGGCUUCUCCGUACGGUUAACUUGCCU